AUGAUCGCCGCCGCGCUUCUGGUAGGCCUCGGUCUGGUAGGAGUGAAAGCCGGAAACCAGCACCCUCUGACUAUUGUUACUGAUUUCACUGGUCUCUUCCACAAAGAAAUCGUCGCGCCGGAGCUUUACUCUGCUAUCAACGAUAUUCUGAAAGCCCAGAAUGUAUCUGGGUUGUCUCUGGGUCUCGUACUGUCCAGCGGCGAAACGGAGUUUAAGACCUGGGGGAUCAAGAUGGAUGACGGGGUUGCAAUGACCUCGGAUACCCUUUUUAACUUAGCAUCGUGUUCCAAGGCCUUUACUGCAGUCUCCAUAGGAAUGUUAAUGGAUGACUUCGCUUCUGGUCGGAACACCACCCCUUUACCGCCCGGAUUGAAGGAGUUCGAUUGGAAUACCAAGGUAAAGGAUAUUCUCCCGGGAGAAUGGGAAGUCAUGGACAGCUGGGCGAGCGAGAAGGCUAACAUUCGCGAUAUACUCUCUCACGUCUCGGGACUUCCAAGACAUGAUUAUUCCUAUGGACCAUCAGAUUCACCGGAGGACGUCGUAUUGCGUAUGAAGCACCUGCGUCCAGCGUUCGAGCUACGGGAACACUGGCAUUACAAUAAUCAGAUGUAUAUGACAGCGGCAUACAUUGUCUCGAAGUACGCUGUGCCGUAUAUGGACUUUGUCAAAGAACGCAUCUUCAAGCCAUUAAACAUGACUUCUACUACGUUCUCGCCGAAGGAGGCCAUCGCCUCUGGAAAGUUGACUCAUACUUGGACGCACAAGGGCCGGAGAAUACCUUUUUGGUUCAGCGAAGACACUAUCGAGUUGUCAUCGGGUGCAGGAGGGAUCACGUCAAGUGCCGAAGAUAUGGUGAAAUGGCUUGCUGUUCUACUGAAUCAAGGGGUUCAUCCUAAGACGAACGAGACUAUUAUACCUCGGUCUGCUUUCGAAGAAGUAACGACAGCCCAUGUCAUCACGGAUGGCAAAGGUCCCCUUGCAGAUUUAUCCAUCGCAGGCUACGGGAUGGGUUGGUGGAGGCAGUCCUAUAGGGGCCAUGAAUUCCUCCAGCACGGGGGUGCCAUCCCGGGAUUCUCAACCCGUACAGUCUUCAUGCCUUCCGAUGGACUGGGCAUGGUCUUUCUUGUGAACGUCGACGAGAAGGCCUCCGUGAAUACCGACUUGAGCUUCAAAGUCAUGGACAGUUUCCUUAACAUUUCAGACACAGGGUCUCCCACCGAGUCGCCCGGCGCGCGGCUGCAAGUUCAUACCAACAAUCGUGUAACUCCACCACCGCAACGCGAAGGCAUCGUGGAGGAGCCCAUUCACCUUGCUAAUUACUCCGGGACGUACAGCAAUCCAGGCUAUGGUGCAUUCACCUUAUGCGACCCUUCAAGUACAUCUCAUUAUUGCUCGGAGGUCCUGGAGGAUUUCGCCGCCGUUGACUCCGUGACGAACGGACCGUCCAGACCGGAGUUGUACGCGUAUUGGCCUCGAAUAUGGUCUACGCACCUGCGGUUCAUCCACCACCAAGGAAAUGAAUUCGAGUUAGUGUUCACUGCUCUCUUUCCGAAAGGCUAUGGUCCCGACUCUACUCCCUUCGAAACAACUGAAACUGGUGAAGGGCAAGGCCAAGCGCAGUUUGUCAUCGAUGAAGGAAAAAUCAUGGGUUUCGCUCUGACUGGUCUUGUGGGUGAAUCGACUGAACGAGAAAGGCUAGGAGGUAGUGUUCAGGAGACCGCUGAAGUUUGGUUCGAGAGAUUGGUCUGAGCAUGGUUGUCCGGUCUCCGCGGCCUACAGCGCCUUCUUAGGCGUUGGCUAUGGACCAUCAUCUCUUCCUUCUUAAUGCUCCACAAGUAUGCAUGCGAUAUUGUGUAAGGAACGUGCGCAUGUGUACUAACAAUCGUCCGAGAGCCUUGUAAAAGCUCUCAGUCUGCGCAAGAGCAAGGUGGUCUCUGGUUAUAUGGCACCCUGGUCACUCUGAAGUUUGAAUACCCACAUUACCACGGCGACU